AUGAAGAUGUACCAAAAAUCUGACUCAGACAUGACAAGCCUGGACCUAUCAUCAUCAUCACCGAAACCUCCCACUUACUAUGUCCAAAGCCCAUCACGUGACUCCGACAAAUCUUCCUCGGCUGCACUAACUCAUCAGAAUACUACUCCUACAGAGUCUCCGUCACACCCGUCGUUUGCUAGCCGCGUAUCCAACGGAGGAUUCCGGUGGAAGGGAAGGAGGAAAUAUCACGGCGGAAGAUGGUCUCCGGCGCCUGAUAAGGAGGAAGGUGGUGAUGAUGGAGAGUACGAGAAUCUUUAUGGAGACAACAGAGGAAUCUCUAUUGCUACUUGUAGACUUAUUUUGGGAGUUAUUGCGACAUUGACACUCUUUUUUCUUAUCAGCUCUGUUCUCUUUGCGGCUUCUCAAUCCUUCUCUCCCACCGUCUACGUCAAGGGUGUGAAUGUGCAUAAUUUUUACUACUGGGAAGGUUUAGAUAACACAGGAGUUCCGACAAAGAUCAUGAACAUCAACUGUUCAAUGCAGAUGACAACACACAAUCCUUCUACAUUUUUCGGUAUCCACGUCAGCUCCUCUGCUUUCAAACUCAUCUACUCUAGUCAAUUCACACUUGCUAUUGCUCAGCUCAAGAGUUAUUACCAACUAAAACAGAGCAACCACACGUCUAGGAUCAACCUCGUUGGCUCCAAGGUUUCACUCUAUGGAGCAGGACCGGACUUAGCUGCUUCAGACAACAACGGUGGAGUUCCCGUGAAGUUGGAGUUCGAGAUCCGAUCACGCGCGAACAUUGUCGGAAGUUUGGUUAACUCUAGGCAUCGGAAACACCUCUCUUGCUUCUUCUUCAUCUCUUCCAAAAACACCACAUUUGUUAAAUUCACCAACAAGACUUGUAACGAAUAA